CCCUCGUUCAUUGGCAAGUUGGCCAUGAUGCUCGAUGACCAGACCGCAGCACCAUAUGUGGCGUGGUCGAGCACCGGAGACAGCAUUAUUGUCAUCAAUCCCUCUUUGUUUGCAACACAGGUGCUCCCAAGAUAUUUCAAACAUAGCAACUUCGCGUCUUUUGUACGCCAGUUGAAUCUUUAUGGGUUCCACAAAACUUCCCAAGAAUCAGAAACGUGUGAAUUUGCGCAUCCUAUGUUC